CCGGAAGUCGCCCUCACCUCCGUCACACCUGUGUGUAUGAAGACAGCGACGACGUCACACCUUUAAAAAAAAACAAAAAACAACGUGUGGAGGAUAAACCGGGAGCAACCGACGAUUAUCACCGACCGUAAACACGGAGGAAGUCCAUGAGGAGUUCAUUUAUUCAGCCGAGACGGAACCACGAAGCCCGGACAGAGAUUAUCCACGACCCGGAGAGUGUUCACUCACUGUGCCCUGCUGCGUUUGACAGCUGACUUCCUGCUGACGUCAUCAGGUUUACAGAUGAGAUGUUGAACUUCAGCCCGUGGGCUCUGCUGCCUCCCGUCUACUCGGCCGGCACCGCUGCUGGACUGUGGCUGGUAUACUUUAUGGCUGUCAGUGACGAGAAGGUCGUACCUCUCAGUUCAACAUCCUGGCGAAGAAAUGGAUCUUUUUAUCCUCCCUACAUCAGCAUCGCAGGUAACUAUCCACCUGCCAGCUGCAUCUUCAGCGAGGUCAUGACCAUAGCUGCCUUUCUGGGGUUCAUUGUUGCCGUCCUCCGAUACCUUCAGCUGAAGCCCAGGAUACACAAAGCGUGGCUGAACGUCGGCAGUCUGCUGGCUUUCUCUGCCGCCUGCUUCGGGAUGACGCUCGUAGGAAACUUCCAGCUGUUCAAUGAUGAGAUCAUACACAACUUCGGCACCUUCAUGACGUUUGGAUUGGGAACGCUGUUCUGCUGGGUCCAGUCCUACAUCACCCUGAGGGUCGACAUUAAGAACGAGGGGAGGAAGGCCGGCGUCCUUCGUUUCCUGUUGUCUGGGUCCAUCACGCUCUGCAUGAUACUCUAUUUCUCUCUGAUGGGUCAGGGCUCCCACAUGCACGCGUCUCGGUGUCAGUGGGCGCUCGUCAUGUUCUUCCUCAUCUUCAUCAGCACCUUCGCCAUCGAGUUUCGUCACAGCCGCUUCAACGCGGCGUGCACGGACGGCGCCGCGGGUCCUUUAAACGUAAACGAGGCUUUCUCUGAGGUGACCAGGUAUCAGCCGGACCAAAUGUAGCGACGCUUCAACGCGCUGAAAACGUUUUAAAACGGCACUUAUGUAUUCAUGUUUGUUAUAUUUAUCUACGACACCAAAAAUCUGCUGUUUACAAAUCAUUUUUUCUAUAUCCAAAGAAGUUUUUUUAAACUCUUCUUUUUAAAGUUUUAGUUUUUAAACUGCACGAAUCUUCGAUCAGUAUCAAUAAAAGUGCAGCCACAUGUGUUCAGA